AUGUAUCUACUUAGAUUUGUCUACCGAAAUACUGGUCGGCCCUCAUUGCUUCAACCUUAUGCUAAUCGCCUCGCAACAACCCGCGCACUAUUCCAACCCAAUCACCCCACCCGACUCUUCAGCCACACCUGCACAAUGUUAAAAGUCGACCCUGAAUUCGAGAAAACCCAAGCCUCGCGGCCAGAUUUUCGCCGCGGUGCCGAGAUCACAUACACCAAGUCUCCGAACCCCACAUGGAAGGAAGGCGAUGGCGCAAAUGACAACGGCGAGAGCCUGGAGAAAGACCACGUCGAGAUCGACCCCAACGAGGAGGGCCGGCCUGUGGCCUCAAACUAUAAGUUUCUGAUUUCGGGAAUGGUCCCACGACCGAUCGCACUCGUCAGUACCCAGUCUGCAGAUGGCAAAACUACAAACCUCGCCCCGUUCAGCUACGCACAGGUCAUCAACCAUGACCCGCCGUUGUUCACAGUUGGCUUUGCUGGGUCGAUGGAGAGAGCCAAGGAUUCAUUGAAGAACCUGAACGAGACUGGGGAGUGUGUGAUCAACAUUAUCUCGGAACAUUUCAUUGAAGCGGCCAAUUCUACUGCUAUCAAUGCGCCUUAUGGUGUCUCCGAGUGGGAGACUUCGGGGCUGCACCAGGCACCUACCUCUAUUGUGAAGCCUGCCCGUGUCAAGGAGUCCAUUCUUUCUAUUGAGGGCAAGCUUGUUGAGUUGAAGGAGUUUGAGAGUCGUGUCACCCCCGGUAAGAAAUCUGGUGUGCUUGCUAUCAUUGAGGGUGUUCGUUUCUGGGUUAGGGAUGAUGCUAUCAACGAGGAAAGAAAUGUCGUCGAUUUGAAGGUCCUUAAGCCUAUCAGUCGCCUGGGUGGUAUCUCGUACGGUCGAACCACGGAAGCGAUAGAGAUCCCUAGACCGCAAUAUUAG